AUGGCAGACGAGUUCCCUGAGCAGGGGCAAGUGCUGCACGGGCAGAAGCUGAUACAGCCAAACUCCACUGACUACAUGCUGCAAUGCAUAGACAGGGCAUUUGAGAGAUUCUGGCAGCAACUGGAAGCUAAAACAGUGCCCUCACAGCCCAAGCCGCAUCAGAGACUACGCAAUGGCGGGGACCUCGGAAACCCAGACCUUGUGGGGAAAUCAUACCAGAACAAGCCUGACACUAACCCGCAGGAGCAACGGGCCACGACGGCUGCUGCUGCGCAGCCCAGGCUACGGCAACAGAAACCAGGUACCUGCAUCAAGCGCAAGGCAACCCGAGCCCCUCGCGGCACUUGGACGAAGAUGGCACGACCUCAUCUGCGGCUCAGACCCACGGAACCCAGUGACAGACCCCCAAGCAGGUUGAAAAGAGCACAGAGGAUGCCCUGA